GGGCACAGGUGGGUGGCAGUGGUGGGCACAGGUGGGUGGCAGUGGUGGGCACAGUGUGGGUGGCAGUGGUGGGCACAGGUGGGUGGCACUUCUGGGCACAGGUGUGUGACACUGCAGAGUGGCACAGGUGGGUGCACUGCUGGGUACAGGUGGGUGAUCUGCUGGGCACAGGUGGGCGGAACUUGCGGGUGGCACUGCUGGGCACCGAUCAUCAGGGCACUGAUCAUCAGUGCCCUGAUGAUCGGUGCCGAUCCUCGCUCUCACAACUGCCGGUUCUCGGCAGUACUUUCCUCACGAUCUGACAGCGUGAGGAAAGUGCAGCCGAGAACCGGCACUUGC